AGGGUAAUGGCCGACGACGAGCAAGAAACUUAUAAAUUAUGGAGGGUCCGCAAAACGAUCAUGCAGAUGUGUCAUGAUCGCGGCUACCUAGUAACUCAAGAAGAGUUGGAUCAGACGCUGGACGAAUUCAAAGAGAUGUUUGGUGAUCGUCCCAGUGAAAGAAAACCUGCGCGCAGUGACCUUACUAUCCUUGUAGCCCAUAAUGACGAUCCAACAGAUCAAAUGUUUGUUUUCUUCCCAGAAGAUACAAAGAUCGGAAUUAAAACGAUCAAAGCAAUCUGUCAGCAGAUGCAAGAGCAAACUAUCACGAGAGCGAUUAUUGUGGUGCAGACGGGAAUGACUCCAAGCGCGAAACAGGCAAUUGCUGACAUGGCUCCUAAGUAUAUCUUGGAACAUUUUCUGGAAUCGGAACUCAUGGUGAAUAUCACUGAGCACGAGUUAGUCCCUGAACAUGUUGUGAUGACCAGUGACGAAAAGGCAGAGCUGUUAGCUAGAUAUAAACUGAAAGACACUCAGCUACCAAGAAUCCAGCUGUCAGAUCCGGUUGCACGUUAUUUUGGUUUGAAAAGAGGACAAGUCGUGAAAAUUGUUAGACCGUCGGAAACUGCAGGCCGUUACAUUACGUAUCGCUUGGUGGUUUGAUCAGUGUUUCUGCGAGAUAUGUACAUACAACACUUGUUCACGUUGUUGUUAUGCGUGGUUAACAUCUAAUUCUAUCGUAUUUACGACUUACUUUUGAAUCUGUAAUUUGCUUUUGUUAAUACCAUUGUCUUGAAAGUUGAAAGUAAAAGAUUGUAUAUUGAA